CAGUUUUCCUCUGUCGUGGUGGCUGCGCAGACGAACGACGACGACGGACGUUCUCGCUUCUGCUUCGAUUGAGGUGCUGCUGUGAUUGCACGAGGCUUUUGAGGCAACACUGCUACUGCUGCUGCGGUGUGUUUGAGCAGGUGGGCGAGCAGCCAUGGUCAAGGAGGAAGAGAACGGGGUGGUGGCAGAGACCGCCACGAAGGUGAGCGCAGGUGGCGCGACAAAGCAAACCAACAGCACCAGCAACAGCAACAGCAACAACCAUGUCAAGAGGGAGGAUAAAGUGGUGAAUGGCAAGGUGUUGCGUCGCGCUGAUGGCAAGAAGAAGAAAAAGAAGAAGAAGAAGGCGGCCAAGCAAGCUGCAGCACAAGCGAACGGGGCAGCUGCAAACAACAACAAGGAGGCAUCAGCAGCAGCAGCAGCCGCUUCGAAGCAAGCAAACGACACAACAGCCACGCCAAAACAGGAGGAGCAGCUGGACACAAAGGCGCUUGACGUCGAGUAUGUUCCCGAGGAGCUGAAGGUUGAGGAUCCUUCCGCUGCAGAGUUUGCCGGUGUCUUCGAAGCAUUCAAGUUCCGCGAGGAGGACGAGGAUGCCGCAGCAGAGCCAAAGAAGAUCACUGCGAGCGCGCCUGUGAUUGAGGGCGACGCUGUGCGGUUUGUGGAGGAUGAGGAAGAGCAGCAGCUGCUGUCGAAGAAGAAGCUGCGCAAGAUGAACCGCCUCACCGUUGCUCAGCUCAAGCAGGUGGUGGACCGACCAGAUGUUGUCGAGAUGCACGACGUCAACUCUGCAGACCCAAAGACCCUCAUCCAGCUCAAGGCGACCCGCAACACAGUGCCUGUGCCACGCCACUGGUGCAACAAGCGCAAAUACCUGCAGGGCAAACGCGGUAUUGAAAAGCCGCCGUUUGACCUCCCAGACUUUAUCAAGCAGACUGGCAUUACGGAGAUGCGCGAAGCCCUGAACGAAAAGGAGGAAGCGCAGGGGCUCAAGGCAAAGAUGCGCGAGAAGGUGCGACCGAAGAUGGGCAAGAUGGAUCUCGACUACCAGAAGUUGCACGACGCGUUCUUCCGCUGGCAGACCAAACCAAAGAUGUCCAUUCACGGCGACAUCUACUACGAAUCCAAGGAGCUUGAGACGGCGGUUCCGGACCGCAAGCCUGGCGAUCUCUCUGCCGAACUGCGCGAGGCCCUCGGCAUGCCAACAGACCCGUCUGCCAAGCCUGUGCCGCCGCCAUGGCUGCUGCACAUGCAGCGCUUUGGGCCCCCGCCGUCGUAUCCAAACCUCAAGAUCCCCGGACUCAACGCCCCGAUUCCGCCGGGUGCAUCGUACGGGUACGAGCCGGGCAACUGGGGCAAGCCGCCCGUGGACGAGCACGGCAACCCGCUCUACGGUGACGCCUUUGGCACAGACGCACAGGCCUUCAACGAGGCGGCGUGGGAGGCGGAUGUGGAGAAGGCGCCGUGGGGAAAGAUUGAGAGCGAAGAGAGCGAGAGCGAGAGCGAGGAGGAAGAGAGCAGCGAAGAAGAGGAGGAGGAGGAGCCCCUCGGAUUCAGGACGCCAAGCGGCACUGUGUCUGAGGCGCCGAGCGGCAUCUCGUCCAUCGGUGUCAGCACCCCCGAGGCGCUCGAUCUCAGGAAGAAGUCCAUCGAGGAGGCCAUGGAGCAGACGGAACAACCGACGCUCUACAAGAUUAUCCCGCAAAAGGACACAGCAGUUGGCCAGGAGCGGAUGGGGUCGGCGCACGUGUACGACAUCACCGCCGCACAGCCCGGCACAUCGCCGCUCGACCGCGCUGCCGGCCGCAGUGCCGGUCCCGGCGGUGGUGGUGUUGACAUCUCCAUCGACAACCCGGAGGAGCUGGAGCACCUGGACAAGACGCGACUCGACGCCGCGUACGCAUCGGCCGCACAGGCACGCGCCGCUCAGCGCGAGGACUUUAGCGACAUGGUCGCAGAGCACCAGGCCAAGACGAAAGCAAAGCGGAAGAAGCAGCAGGACCGCAAGGACGACAAAUCAAAGAAGUUCAAGUUCUGAUGGCCAUCCAACAAGAGGCUGCACGCGUGUGUUUCUCUUGGCAGUGUUGUUGAUGGUGUUGGUUCAUACGCGUCUCGUCACAUCUGCGUUUGCUUUGCUGUUUGAUAGCUGUCCAUCCUUUUCUUCCUUUCUUUCUCAACACUGUCGUGCAUACGCAGCAACACACAUUCACAUACACGCACAAAUGCUUGUCUGUGGCAAUUAAACAGAAAUCAGGA